AUGCUCGAAAUCGGUUCCAUCGUCUGGGGCGUCCGCGACAUCAACAACUUCCCGCGCCUUAUCGAAUUCUGGUGCAAAGCACUAAACUACAAGCCAGCCAGAGAACCAGACACCGACUGGGCCAUUCUGAUUCCGAAAUCCGGCACAGGUCAGCAAAUGGCCCUCUCCGUCGUCACAUCUACCACUGUGAAACGACAGCGACACCACCUUGAUCUGUAUGCGUCCGAUCAAAAGGCUGAAAUCGACAGGCUGUUAUCCCUUGGAGCAACAUUAGCGGAGCGGGAUUAUCCCGAUGGUGCAGAUUACGUUGUCCUGGAGGACCCUGAUGGGAAUGCGUUUUGUGUCAUCGACAAAGGCUCAUAG